AUGGACAGUAUUUUAAAAGAUAUGCUAAGUGUAAUGGAGACACACAUUGACUUUGAGAGACUAUUAGAAGAAGUUGAUUAUGAUUACAUUGAUACUAGUAGCACUGAAGAUAAUGUUGAAAUCAAUCAGGAGUUCUCAAUGGCUGAAGUUGAAUUAAAUGACAUACUGUCUUCAUUUGAGGCCAACAAUUGUCAGACUAUUCCUAAUAAACUGUUGGAGUAUCAAAUGUUCAAUCUGCCUUACUAUACUGGAAGGAUACUGAGAUUAUUAUUAGCUCCUAGACAAGUUCCUUCACCUCCUAAUACAAGGGAAAGACUCAUUGAAGCACUUAAGAAGAGAGAUAAAAGUCACCAGUCUAUGUUUGCUAAAUAUGAAAGAGAAUGUAAAAAGUUAAACAACUCAACUAGUAAUGGUGAAGGUUCUAGUUCUAGUAAGAUGUUGCUAAUGUAUUCUCCAUUAGAAGAGAAGCUGGAGAGACUGAAGAGACACUAUGAGGAUAAUGAAGAUCAAUUAGGUCCAAUUUUGUCUCAAGUAUCCACUGCGAUUAAUCAAGUAGUCAGUGACAUUAAGAAAUCAAUCAUUAAUAAUAAUGAUAAAUCAUCAAAGAAACAUAGUGGCGACAUAUGCAGUCCAGGACUGAAGGAAUGGGAAAUACAGGUGGUUGAGUUACUAUUGAAGUAUGUUACUGAAAUUAUUAUUAAAAUAUCAUUACCACUCCAUGAAAGUGAGGCUGACAUUACUGAUAAACAGUUUGUGCUGGUUGAUUUAUUUGUGAAGAUGUUAUCAAGCCACACUGAGCUACACUGGCCACUAGUAAUGAUGGUUUAUGAGCUAUUACAUGAUAAAGUAAUGAGAAUUAUGACUUAUUAG